UGUAAUUGAUUACCAUCUGUACAAGUUUGAGGUGUUUUACAGCAGGAAUUUCAGAAUGCGGUCACUAAUAUCUACUUUAACUUUGGUGACGUACUCCAUACAGCUUUCAUGAGAAUUUAAUAAACUAUCAUCUUAAGAAAUAUACUGACAUGACACAAUAACAAAAAAUUAGGGAUGAUUAGCAUCAGCUAAAUUUUUCUCUUCUCCUGUCAGCGAAGCUCUCAUGGAGGAAGAAAUGACUCUCUGCCGGCGCAUGGAAAUAACAAUACCUACGGCGGCCAUGACAGCUUCCUAAUGACAAGAUAAUGAGCAAGUAGUGACAGUCAAAAUCAUUUUAUGCACUGCAUUUCCUUCGUUCCUUGGCGCCCACCGACCAGCGACCGUCAUGGUGUUCGCGUUCGUGGCCGGCAGCCGGGUGGCGGCAGCAGAGGCGCUGACGACGGCGCGGUUCGCCCGCCAGGUGCUCUCCGGGCGAUGGUUCACGCUGCUGGCGUGCCUGCUGAUCCUGUCGGCGUCGGGCGCCACGUACGCGUUCGGCAUCUACUCCCGGGCGCUCAAGUCGGCGCUGGGCUACGACCAGCGCGCCGUGGCCACGCUCGCCUUCUUCAAGGACCUGGGCAGCAACGUGGGCGUCCCAGCGGGGCUGCUCAGCGAGGUGGCCCCGCCGUGGGCGGUGCUCGCCGCCGGGGCCGCCAUGAACCUCGCGGGCUACCUCAUGGUCUACCUCUCCCUCGCCGGCCGCGUCGCCGCCCCGGCCCCGCCGCCGCUCUGGCUCAUGUGCGCCUACGUCUGCGUCGGCGCCAACUCGCAGGCCUUCGCCGGCACCGCCGCUCUGGUGACGUGCGUCCGGAACUUCCCCGAGGCCCGCGGCGCCGUGCUCGGCCUGCUCAAGGGCUACGUCGGCCUCAGCAGCGCCAUCCUCGCGCAGAUCUACCUCGCCCUCUACGGCGGCGGCGCCGACGCCCGCUCGCUCGUCCUGCUCAUCGCCUGGCUCCCCGCUGCCGUCUCCGUCGUGUUCCUCGGCACCGUCCGCGUCAUGCCGCCGCCGAAUGGCCGGACCAGGAGGAGCACGAGCCGCGGCGGAGUAGGCGACGUGUUCCUCUGCUUGCUCUACAUCUCUGUCGCGCUCGCCGCGUACAUCCUCGUCAUGAUCAUCGUACAGAGGCAGGCCAGCUUCUCGCGCGCCGCCUACGCCGCGUCGGCAGCCGGGCUCCUCGUCCUUCUCUUCCUGCCCCUCGCCGUUGUCGUCAGGCAGGAGUACCGGAUCAAACAUGAGCUCGAGGGCUCCCCGAGUGUCGACGCACCCUUGCCCGUGAUGGUGACGGUCGUUGAGAAAUCCAUCGCCAUGCCAUUGGUAGAGCCGGCGAUCACUACUAGCGAUACGCCACCGUCUUCCUCUUGCUUAGUAGGAAUAAGAUCCUUCUUGCGGCACGCGUUCAGCCCUCCGGCGCACGGCGAGGACUACUCCAUCCCGCAGGCGCUGGUGAGCGUGGACAUGCUGGUUCUGUUCCUGGCUAUCGCCUGCGGCGCUGGCGGCACGCUGACGGCGAUCGACAACAUGGGGCAGAUCGGGCAGUCGCUGGACUACCCGCCCAAGAGCGUGGACGCCUUCGUCUCCCUCAUCAGCGUCUGGAACUACGCCGGCCGCGUCACCGCCGGGUACGGCUCCGAGGCGCUCCUGUCGCGCUACAGGUUCCCGCGGCCGCUGGCGCUCACGCUCGUCCUCCUCGCGUCCUGCGCCGGCCACCUGCUCAUCGCCCUGGGCGUCCCGCGCGCGCUCUAUGCGGCGUCGGUCCUCAUCGGCUUCUGCUUCGGCGCGCAGUGGCCGCUGCUGUACGCCGUCAUCUCCGAGCUGUUCGGGCUCAGGCGCUACCCCACGCUUUACAACUUGGGCGCCGUCGCCAGCCCCGUCGGCGCCUACGUGCUCAACGUGCGCGUCGCGGGCCGGCUCUACGACGCCGAGGCCGCCAGGUGUUAGCGACGUGGAAGGAGAAGGCAGGGA